CUGUUUCUUUCAACAACCGACAGUGGGCCAGAAUGUUGACGCCAUAGACAACAACAACAAAAAAAACUUCGAUUCGCACGUGAAGUAGCCGUGAGUAGAUAAAAAAAAAAUAAACAUUAUAAAUGUCUCCUCACCGACCAUCAGAACUCUUUCUCCUGUGGAGCGUCUCGUUGAGUUGACUUCUCGAUGCGCGGAGUGUGGAAGCGUCGCUGUGGACGGCGGACGAUGGAGACCUCUGUCGGACUGUUCCUGAAGCUCGCGGGGUUCGUGCUGGUGCUGCUGUCGCCGCGCGCGUGCGGUGCUGACGGGGAGGAGGACCUGCCGUCGACGGGGAACGACAGCCUCUCGCCCCACUUCGACCUGGACGUGGCCCGCGAGGUGACGGCGGCCGCGGGUCGCACGGCCUUCCUGCGCUGCCGCGUGCAGCAGCUGGGGGACAAGGCGGUGUCGUGGAUCAGGCAGAGGGACCUGCACAUCCUCACCGUCGGCCUGCUCACCUACACGAGCGACGAGCGCUUCCAGGCGGUGCGCCCCCGCGGCUCCGACACGUGGACCCUGCAGCUGAGGUACCCGCAGCUGCGCGACUCCGGGGUGUACGAGUGCCAGGUGAACACCGAGCCCAAGAUCAGCCUGGCCUUCCAGCUGCGCGUCGUGGAGUGGAGGGCGCGCCUGCUGGGGCCGGCGGACCUGUACGUGCGCAGCGGCAGCUCCGUCGCGCUGACCUGCGUGGUGGGGCAGGGCCCGCACGACCUGGGCACGGUGCUGUGGUACCGCGAGGGGUCCCCGCUGGGCCCCCCGCGCGCCGUCGUGCACGCCGAGUGGCGGGCCGGGGAGCUCACCUCGCGCCUCGUCGUGCCGCGCGCCGCCCCGCGCGACUCGGGCAACUACAGCUGCGUGCCCACGGCGGCGCGCGGGGCCAGCGCCCUCGUGCACGUCAUCAGCGGGGAAUACCCGGCGGCCAUGCAGCACGGAAACAGUCCGUCUCGAAGCGUGUCUUUAUCUGUCUAUGUCGUCGUCUGCUGCUACACUGUUAUGUUAAUAAAGAGUAUGAGAUGA